AUGCCACUUCUGAUUUUUUCUCCCAUGAGAGAUUUCGGGUUUGCGUUUUCGUUUCCUUGGGUCUUGCUUUUGAAAAUCUGGUUGCCGCUAGCUUUUUCUGGAAGUGAAGUUCCUGUUUGGUUCAAUCACAAAGCUUCUGGACCAGUUAAAGCAUCUUGGGAUGCAAACGUUGAAGCAAGUUCAGCGGCAGGGGAAUUUAGACGAGGCAAAGCGAAGAAACAUUUCAAAAUGGAAACUUAACUCCUGUUUCUGCAACACUUGGCUAACCUCAAAACAAAACGAGAAUGGUAUGCGGCUUGCGAUCAACAAUAAAGCAACCUACUUGUAUCAGCGAAGCCAAGUUCUGUUUUGAUAAGUGUACCAAACUGUUAAAGAAGUUGUUCACCUGUGAUUGUGGCGCCUCCGAUGAAUCUCAUCCUGAAGCGCCAUUUCAGUCAACACUCCUCGCUAUGUCUCAAGGCGUCAAUUUCAUCCUCUUCUCCGACGAAACAAUCUCGGAUCCUGGAGCUCUGUAAAUCGGGUCGGCUCACGGACGCCAUUCGGAUCCUAAACGCAACAGACUCGAGUGAAAUCUUUGCGAAGCCGAAUCUCUACGCGCCUCUCCUGCAAACAUGCACCAAAGUCUUCUCCUUUAUCCACGGACUUCAGUUUCACGCCCAUGUCGUCAAAUCGGGCCUGGAGACGGACCGGUACGUUGGGAACAGCUUGCUAUCCCUCUACUUCAAGUUGGGACCCGAUAUGAGGGAGACCCGGAGAGUUUUCGACGGGAUGUUCGUCAAAGACGCCAUCUCGUGGACUUCGAUGAUGUCUGGAUACGUUGGGAGUAAAGAACACGUUAAGGCGCUUGAGAUGUUCGCCGAGAUGGUGAGUUUUGGUUUGGAGCCGAACGCGUUCACGUUGUCUUCGGCAGUGAAGGCUUGCUCUGAGAUCGGGGAAGUGAGACUAGGGAGGUGCUUCCAUGGUGUUGUUAUUACUCGUGGGUUCGAGUGGAACCAUGUUAUCUCUAGCACAUUGGCGUAUAUGUAUGGUGUGAAUCGAGAACCAGCAGAUGCGCGCCGAGUGUUCGACGAAAUGCCUGAACCAGACGUUAUUUGCUGGACAGCAGUGCUCUCUGCGUUUUCGAAGAACGACUUGUACGGUGAAGCCUUGGGACUUUUUUACGCGAUGCAUAGGGGAAGAGGGUUGGUGCCUGAUGGGUCUACAUUUGGAACGGUUUUGACGGCUUGUGGUAAUCUAAGGAGGCUGAAGCAAGGGCAAGAGAUUCAUGGGAAGCUUGUUACAAAUGGGAUAGGCAGCAAUGUGGUUGUUGAGAGUAGCCUUCUAGAUAUGUAUGGAAAAUGUGGAUCGGUACGAGAAGCUAGGAAAGUGUUCAAUGGGAUGUCUAAGAAGAACACCGUAUCUUGGUCUGCCUUACUCGGGGGAUACUGUCAGAACGGAGAGCACGAGAAAGUGAUUGAGAUGUUCAGGGAAAUGAAAGAGAAAGAUCUCUACUGUUUUGGGACUGUCCUUAAGGCGUGUGCUGGUUUGGCGGCGGUAAGACUUGGGAAAGAGGUUCACGGUCAGUACGUUAGAAGAGGCUGUCGUGAUAAUGUGAUUGUGGAAUCAGCUUUAGUUGACGUGUAUGGAAAAUCCGGGUGCAUAGAUUCUGCUACUCGUGUGUACUCCAAGAUGUCAAUUAGAAAUAUGAUAACAUGGAACGCAAUGCUAUCUGCGCUGGCUCAGAAUGGAAGAGGUAAAGAAGCUGUUAGUUUCUUCGAUGAUAUGGUUAGAAAGGGGAUAAAGCCUGACUACAUCAGUUUUAUCGCGGUGCUCACCGCGUGUAGUCAUACGGGUUUAGUUGACGAGGGACGAAACUACUUUGUAUUGAUGGCUGAGAGUUACGGGAUUAAACCAGGGACUGAGCAUUACAGUUGCAUGAUUGACCUUCUAGGCCGUGCGGGUUUGUUUGAAGAGGCAGAGAAUAUGUUGGAGAGAGCAGAGUGUAGAGAUGAUGCGUCUCUGUGGGGAGUUCUACUUGGACCUUGUGCUGCAAAUGCAGAUGCCUCCAAUAUUGCAGAGCGGGUUGCCAAGAGAAUGAUGGCAUUGGAACCAAAGUAUCACAUGAGUUAUGUGCUUCUCAGCAACAUGUACAAGGCGAUAGGUCGUCAUGGUGAUGCCCUCAAGAUCCGUAGGUUAAUGGUUAGAAGAGGAGUAGCAAAGACUAUUGGACAGAGCUGGGUUGAUGCUUAAUAGAAAGCUAUAAAGGCUCCUAUCUCUCUAAGGGUCUUUGAUUUAGCAUUCAUGAAGAAAUGGUUUUUGACACCCUUAAACCAGACAGUUUUGCCCUGAGGGUCUCCAUGUACUCGAUUUAUUCUUUACAAAGUAAUUCAAACAACAAAAAUUUGCCAGCCUUAGACUUUGCAGAGAAAACGGAUUUGUGUCAAAUGUUGUGUGGAGGAUUCAAGAUAUGACAACAAGCCACCGUUGAUACAAUUUUCCAGUGGAGUGUUUUGUCUUCACAGUGCACGCAUCAAGGUUGAUUUUGUAGCUUCGCGCUUCAUCUCUGCAGCUUUGCCACUCCCUCGGAAGUAUGCAUAUACUUGCUGAAAAUCGAGCAGUGCACUUCACGGGUUAGAAAAACGGACAGAUUAAAGUGAUUUAGGAUGUCGAUAAAUUCUGGAGGACAGGAAGUUGAGAAACCUGAAUAACCCAGAUAUUGAGAAGUGUUUCGAUGCAGAAGAAUCCCGCACCAAUGAAAUACAGAAUCUGAGUCGGUGAAAAAAAAAAGAAAAUUUGGUAAGACUGUCACAAGCCGAAGUUAAGUACUUGUGUAUGGGCAGUUAAGGUACUAACCCCAACCGCCGCAUUAGUAGUUAGAAGCUCAAGUGCUGGCAAGAUACCUCUGUCCACAAAGCCAACAAUACAUGGGAUCAGAUGGAGUUCAACAAAGAUUCAGAAGGUUCUAACAUCUUCAACAAAAGACGAAUCAUCAAAAAAAGUUAAUGAAAAGGAUGAUUCUGAUGCUUUUAUAUAGAAGAAAACUCUUACGUGAGAGACUUUCCUUGAAAGAUGACUGGUGGAGCAACUGCAGCAAAGCCGCAGAAUGCAAUGUGAAACUGGAAAAGUGCAAGACAGUGGAAACAUAGAAAGCUUAGUGGUUUUAUUUUGUUUCAUGGCUUCCUGAAAAGAUAAUUGAUGCAGAGGAAAUCUACCAAUGGGGGGAUGCGAUUUAUCUUACCACGUAAAACACGAAAAAAGCUCCAAACUUCAGGGCACUGUCAGUUCUGCAAUAGCUCGGUAAAGAGGACGGUACCACAAGACGUAAGCCCCAGGGACCCCGGAAAUGAAGUAGAUGACUGAGAGAAGCCAUAUAGUAGGGCCUGAUUACAAGAAAAGCAAAAAAGAUGAGCGAAGAGGAAAUAACAAUAUGAAUCUUGAUCAUUUGGAUCCAGGUUUUGUUGCAGCGGUGUAAGCCGGGUUGUACGUACCUAACAAUGUGGUGAAUGCGACGUAUUGGAUCUUCUGUAAGUGAAUCGGAAUCUCAUUUGGAAUGUCAUGAUGAAUUAGAGGGAAAAACUCUGGCCAGUUCUUCUCCUCAAUGACAACUCCAGCUGCCAAAACAACCGUAUCACUAUCAGGUAUCAAGAUUUACUUGGAAUUCGACCUAUGAGACUCUGUUACCAGAAACUACCUGCUCUUUCCGCUUCAGUUCAUUCUCCUUAGCCUGGAGUUCCAUCUCUUUAGCUCGGAGAUCCUUCAAACAAAAAACAGAGGAAAUGAGAUUCGCGUUUCAUCGAACCAGAUUUUGAGCAUACAUGAACGGUAAUGAAGAUGGUAUACUGAAGAUAUGGUACCUUGCCGGAAUCCAAAGGGAUGUCAACCGUUGCACCACGAUCAUAAGGUUCCGGUGGAAGCGGCUUGAGAUAGGAGUUGCUUGCAGGAGGAACACUUGUAUUAUUCUACAGCAUUGUAAAAUCGAGACCAAACGGGUAAGAUUACAGAGAGAUCAUUCAUUUAUUCUAGAUUCAAGAAACAGAGCUCAUUACCGCAAAAGGAUUGAUCUCUUCUUCAGCAAAUGGAUUAGGAUCGUGUCGUGCCAUUUUCUUGAGAUCGUUUGUUUUAGAUCAAGAAACUAUUCAAGAAAGAGUUUUUUGGAGAUUGGAGGUCGUUGUAUUUUGACAGAAAUCGAAAAUGGGAAGAAAAUGAUUUCAACGAAUGAGUACUUUGUAGUCAGAGAGAGAAAACAAAAUCAAUGGCAUUGUGCGCGCGAGAGAAAUCGAAGGCAUUUUAGAGGGUGCUCGCUUCGUUUGUGUCACACAAAGUUUCAACACCUAUUCAACAGGAAAAUUUUCCAAUUUGGUUUCUGGUUCGGUUUACUGAAUUUUAUUCGGUUUUACAAGUCUUCUUCAGUUUGGAUUAUCAACGAAAGGGUACAUAAGCGGAUGGUAUUGGAUUUUUUUGUUUGGUUCUCAAAUUAGGAUUUUGAGCUUGGUUUUGUUCGAUUUGGUUACGUGAGCUAAGUAACCCUCUAAGCCACUCGAAAGGUUUGAAUCCCGAAAUUUGCGGUUAGUGGCUCGAAAGUCACAGGUCACUACUUCGCCUGUAACACAGAUCAUUCUAUUGUUAGUUUAUCACAC